AUGUUCUUUCUCUCUUUUUUAAAUGUUAAAAUCCUCAAAAGACAUGAAAUCUUAUGGAUCAUGAAUACAGAGAUGGGGGUCGAAUACAGAAGAAAGGGCAGACUAGAAUCCAGAGAAGAACUCGAAGAACACGAAGCCUUUGUGGUGAAGAUUGAAGAAGACGUGAUUAGGGUUUCAAUAUCUGAAACCCUAAUCACCACUGAGAACCUCCCCGCCGCGCCUUCAUCACUACCGGAUACCACCCUGUCCUGCAAGCGAAAGGGAGAAGAAGGGUUAACCGGACAUUCGAAGUUGGAGAACAAAACGACAUCGCGAAAGGGGUAA